AUGUGUGGUUGUGUGACUUGUGUUGGUUUUUCAGGUUGUGUCGAGAUGAAGAUGGGUAAAUUUCGAAAUUCCGCAAUGGGAAACGGGGAUUGUUUAGAAGGGAUGAUCAAUGAUUACGUCGGAGGGAAGGGAAAGCUAAGACCCCAAAGAAGUUCUUCAACAAAGAUUGUUGCUGGUCUCACAUGUCUUCAGUUUGCCUUUGCAUUAUAUGCAACGUUUCUUUUGUAUUAUGUCAGUCCUGCAAUAGACUUGAGAACCAAGCCGGAUUUCUCUUGGGCUACAAGAAUUGCUCAACAAUGGACACAGUUCGUAAUACCCCCACAUGUUGUGGGUCGAUACCAAGAACCGACUUCUAUGAUGAUGCAAGCAGAAUUAAGACCGAUCACUCCUGAGGAAGCUUGUGAGAACGAGAAGAUUGAUUUUGAACAAAAGAAGUCCAACGAUGGGCAGAUGAUAAAGUUGAAAACAGAGCUUUAUAACGAGAUUCUAGAUUUUCAAAGCAAAAGCUUUGGAACUGAAACUCUUCCUCAGCUAAUGGCAAUGAAAUCUAAGUGGGAUUUGAAAGGGCCAAAGAAGCCAAAAGUUACAGUGAUCUUGAACCAUUUCAAGAGAAAAACUUUGUGUGCACAGCUGAAUUCUUUGCUUCAUCAAACCCUUCCUUUCCACCAUGUUUGGGUGCUUGCAUUUGGGAGUCCAAAUGAGCUCUCUUUGAAAAGAAUUGUAGAUAGCUAUAACAACUCGAAAAUUAGCUUCAUUAGCUCAAGCUAUGACUUCAAGUACUACGGAAGGUUCCAAAUGGCCUUACAAACCGAAGCCGAUUUAGUAUAUAUUCUUGAUGAUGAUAUGAUUCCUGGUCGUAAAAUGCUACAGAUUUUAUCUCAUGUAGCAGGGACUGACAAGUACAAGAAUGCAGUUUUAGGUAGCAUAGGAAGAAUUUUACCAUUUCGACAGAAGGAUUUCACGUUCCCGAGUUAUCGAAAGUUCCGUUCCAAGGAGGCAGGGCUUUACUUGCCUGAUCCUGCUUAUGACAUCACCGUCAAUAAAAUUGUGCAGGUCGACUUUCUCUCUAGCUCUUGGUUCUUAUCCGCAGAGCUAGUGAAGACACUUUUCAUUGAAACCCCUUUCACCUUUGCAACUGGAGAAGAUCUUCAUCUAAGCUAUCAGCUUCAAAAGUAUAGAAAUGCUGGCUCAUUUGUUCUUCCUGUAGACCCAAAAGACAAAGAAACAUGGGGAGACAGUGAACACAGACUGGCUUAUGUGUCCGAGACAACUGUGAUAUUCAAGGACAUUGUUCAAGUUCGAGACGAUCAAUGGUGGAAAGCACUGUCUACGGGUUAUGUCACACAAUGGGCAGCUAUGCAUCCUCAAAAGAUAGAUGCUUUAUUUUAUGCUCAUUCUGUUGAUGAAGCUAAAGCACUAGCACCACUUCUUGAAAAGUUUAGGUCCACUGUCGGCAAGAAGGCUUAUAUCGUAGUGUCGGGCGGCAGAUUUUGCCCGUGUGAAGAUGUAACAGAUGCUCUUAAAUGGCCAAAGUUGGUUUGUAAAGAACGGAGGUUCAAGAUAUUUGACUUAGCUAUUGGGGCUCUCUCUGGACUAUCAAAUUCUGAGGUUCCUGUGGUGCAAGCAGUGUAUGCUAGUAUGAAGGGAUUGAUCAAAAUACACAAUCCUAGCGUCAUCAUCACUGUGGCCGAUAUUGAUCCUAACGUGAAGAAAGCUCUAAAAAUGGCAUCAGAAGCUAACUUGAAUGGUACAACACUGAUUCUUUUACCAAGGCCUUCCAUUUCGAAAGUUCUUUGGAUGGCUGAUCUUCGAUCAACAGCACUUCCAAAUUGGAACAAGAUGAAAAUUUCGAUCAACAUUAUCACACAAAACCGUGUCAGCUCGUUAACAAGGCUUCUCAAAUCACUAAAAGAUGCAUAUUACUUAGGGGAUGAGAUACCUAUCAGCUUCAACAUGGACAGUAAAGUAGACGAGAAAACUAUAAAAUUAGUAAGCUCCUUUGAGUGGCCCCAUGGUCCUAAAAGCCUCAGAAGGAGAAUCAUCCAAGGAGGGCUAAUCCGAGCAGUAAGCGAGAGUUGGUAUCCUGCUUCAGACGAUGAUUAUGGACUGCUACUUGAAGACGAUAUUGAAGUCUCUCCAUACUACUACCUAUGGAUCAAAUAUGCUCUCCUAGCGUACCACUAUGAUCCACAAAUAUCUCUCCCGGAGCUAUCAUCAAUCUCCCUCUACACACCUCGACUAGUCGAAGUGGUAAAAGAAAGACCUAAAUGGAAUGCAACAGAGUUCUUCAAGCGGAUUCAUCCAAAUACACCGUACCUCCAUCAGCUCCCUUGUAGUUGGGGAGCAGUUUUCUUUCCCAAACAUUGGAGGGAGUUUUACGUUUACAUGAACUCGAGGUUCACAGAAAAUGCUAAAGAGAAUCCAGUUCAAAUCCCUAAAUCUAGAACAAAUGGUUGGCAAGCAUCAUGGAAGAAGUUCCUAAUCGACAUGAUGUACUUAAGAGGCUACGUAAGUCUCUACCCUAACUUCCCAAAUCAAGCCAGUUUUUCAACAAACCACAUGGAACCAGGGGCUCACAUAAGUGCUAAAAACAAUGUCGUGAAGCACAAUAAGGAAGAUUUUGAGGUUCCUUUAUUGAAAGAAAACUUUGUGAAUUAUUUACCCAAUGGGAAAUUGCCAGCAGCUUCGAGAUUGCCAUCAUUGAACCUAUUCAAUCAACCAGUGUCAUUGAAGGGCCUCAAGUCCGCUGGAGCCAAGCUAGGGCAAGAUGUGCUGAAAUGCGAAGUUUCUGAGAUUGUAAUAGUGAAUCAUGGGACUGGUUUGCCUUCACACUGUGCAAAAUUUUGA